AUGGUGAGGAAGCGUAGAGCCAGCCGUGUUGCCUUCAGUUCCAAUUUGAAACAGACUAGAAAGGGGGAGCAGGAUGUUGAGCAUUUGGGGCUUUCCGUGGCCGCGUCGGUGGAUUAUCGCCAGGUGAUGUCGCCCACCGAGCACGGGAUCAAGGGUUUCAAUUUUCCUCAGGCGGAAGGGUUCAUGUGCGAAAUCGAGUAUGAGGCUCGAACCUUGGAGACGGUGAUUGACGUCGGCGGUGAGUACUACAUUACGUCGCCAGAGAAGAUUCCGGUCUCCACCACCUGUCUGUAG